AUGCAUCUAUUUGUUUCAGAGUCAAGGAUGACUUCGUCAUUUUCAUUCCUAGCGCUCCUGUUUCUGGUGUCCUGGCUGUUGAAGGGUUCCUGUGUUAGUGGCUCCCCAGGCUGCGCGUCCUGUGGCUUGCCGGCGAUGGAGAAAGACGCAGAGGAGCUGUUGAUGAUAGAGAUCGCCAAACAGCAACUUUUGGAAAAGCUGCACCUGAAAGAAAGACCAAACAUCACUCACACGGUGCCUCGGGCGGCGCUCCUCACUGCUCUGCGCAAACUGCAUUCGGGGCGCGUCAGACAGGAUGGUACUCUUGAACUAGAAAACAGUAUACCUUCAAAAGAUCAAGGCUAUGAAAUAGUGAGCUUUGCAGAUAUAAAUGAAACAGUGAGCAAUGAUGAGGCCAGCCUGAGUCUUGCAUUUCAGUUUCUGCAGGAACAAGGCAAGAGUGUCCAGGUCCUCCAGUCUUCUCUCUGGAUCUAUGUCCGCUCCUCCAAGGACCCUCACCGGAACUCACGCCUCUCUGCCAGGGUCUUCUUUUCAGUAGAUGGCAGGGUAUCAUCCUCUAACCGCACCCUGGUGAUAGAAAAGAUGCUUGAGGUCCAGGACAGUAACUGGCACACUUUCCCCAUCACCCGCACCCUGCAGUCCUUCCUGGAUGGUGGCCAACACCAACUGCGCCUGGAAGUUAGCUGUGAGGAGGACGGGAAGAACCUUUGCUCCCUGGAUAACUCUGCUGAUACCCCAAACCAACCCUUUCUGGUGGCCCAGGUGCGUCUCCGUGACAACCACUCCAAACACACAGUCAGAAAGCGCUCUCUGCGUUGUGGUGAAGAUGUAACUGUGUGCUGCAAGAGAGACUUCUACAUCAAGUUCAAGGAUAUCCAGUGGCAUGACUGGAUCAUUGCACCUGAAGGCUACCAUAUGAACUACUGCAUGGGUCAGUGCCUCCAACAUCUGUCUGGUUCCCCGGGUAUAGCAUCGUCAUUCCAUGCCACUGUCUUCAGCCAGCUGAAAGUCAACGGCAUUAACACAGGUGCCUCUUCAUGUUGUGUUCCCACUGAGCGCAGGCCACUUUCCAUGGUUUACUUCAACUCUCAGCACAGCAUUGUCAAAACGGACGUUCCUGAUAUGAUAGUAGAGUCCUGUGGAUGUACAUAAAAGACAAUAUGAGAGAAAUGUUGCAAUUAAUAUGAAUUUACCUAAAACAAGUGUGUAAUGUACACAGAGAAAAUGUAAGCAUUUCUCUGAACAGGAACUCAUUGAAUUCAGCACAUCACUUUAGUAUUUCAGUGACAUAAAAGAUGAUGCUGAAAUCACAAACUUUUUUUCAAAUUCAAGACUCAGGCUAUUCUAAUGCACAGACUAAUUCCAUCAUCAAUAAGUCAGAGGCAUACAUUAAAGAGAAGAAAAAAACUAUACAAAUCAGACGUCACACCAAAAGACACAAUAAGAAUUCAAAGAGAUUAAUAUGAAGCCUUCACUCUAGAGUAAAAUGUAUAGCUUUAAACUUUGUCUUUGUAUAUAUGAGGUAUUUAUUUAGUCUUAGACAAUUGCUGCUCGGACCAGUGAAAAUAUGCUGUAAAAUAUUUUAUGAAUUUGGGACCAGAACUGAUGCCACCCAAACUCUUUCGAAGCACAUUGGCUAAGUUUCCAGUAUAUUUCAUAAUAUAGUAAUGUUUGUCCACAUACAAAUAAUAAAUGCUUUUUUUACUUUUUAUUUUUACAGAACUGUUAUAAUAUUGCACCUUCUCUUAGUCUACUUAAAGGCUUCCAUUGUUAGUGAGUUAAGAGACCCUUGAUUUAAAGUGUGCCUUCUUUAUUAUCUUGUGAUGACAAAGCGCAACGUAUACAUUGAGUAUCAAGUCGUCUUGGGUAAAAGGGGUCUAAAAACCAAAGAGAAUCAGUUCUGCACUUCUGCUUGAAUCUUAUUUUAUGUAUGCAGCAUCAUUUUCAUUUUUCCCUUUAAUAUCGAAUGUGGACCUGUGACACAAAGUUUAUAAGGACAAUUAUUUGUAUUCUUAUCAUUUCAUUUUUUCUUAUAUUACAUCCAACAACUAUUUUCAUUUUGGUGCAAAGUUGUGAUGAAAAUAAUUUAGUGAAGUGGAAACUGAAAGGGUUUGAACUGGAAAAAUCUUGUCUGAAAUCUGCACCUGAUGAUGCAGGCAGAAAUAUGUUUGAUCAGCAUCUCCACUGUAUUAUUUGCACAGGACGGCUAAUCAGUUGGGUAACUGUGGCACUGACAGCAUUUGAACUCAAGGUCAUUUCUCAGCUGCAUGAGCAAACAUUUGGCUAUUGCUUCAGUGUCUGUUAAUGUGAAGGUCUGCGCAGCAGGUGGGUCAAUGGGCAUGUGCUGUUGCACGUUGGCAUUUAUAGCUCUCAAAGUCUAAAGUUUUCUGGGAUGAUGUUAAUUUAGAAGCUUUCCAGCUAAAGGUAAAAAGGCCACUAUGCAUACUGAAAUCAUUUGACUUAAAGAGUGGUGUUGAUGGACACUAUUACCCCACAAUACAACAAAUAACACAAAUGGAGGACCUACUCACUGCUGAACACUUUAAGCCUUUUUUUGCAUGUGAAAUUAGUAUUACAAAGCUGACAUCUGUCAGCACAUGAUUUGUAUAAUUUCAUGCUAGUAAAAAAUAUAAUGUACAAUACUUGGUUAACUACAAAAGUAUUACACUGCUAGCAGUAGUAGAUGUUAGCUCAUGGUAUGGAAAUGGUGCAAAUCCUUGUUUACUUUUUUUUUUUUUGCCUACUUGGUUUACACCAAGCAGUGUAGAAGUCAAAGAUCUUUUUCUGCUUUCUGGAUGGUGUCUCAAGGGUGGUGAUUCUCCUCACUGGAUUGGUAAACUGCAUGGUUUAAGUACCUGUAAUGUACAGCCAUGAGGCAACAAGCAAAACUUUGAGCAAAUGAAGAUGGAGCAUUUUGAUCAACGCAAAACAUGAGAGCAAGAAUGUUUAGACUGUUUUGAUCCUUUUUGUCAUUCCUCAUCAACAAUUAAUAUCACCUCUCUUUGUUGCCUCUAAAAGCUGCACUUGUAUUAUUACUUUAUUGUUUAAUGCUUUAGUUUAUUGUUUGUUUUAUUUUACAAGUACCUCCUGUUCCAGGAAGGGGUAACAUCAUAACAUAACUUACUAGGCACUUUAAUCCUAUACUGUAUUUUUGGAGCAAAUUUUGCUUGAAUGGUCUACUACUUACAACUUGGAUAGGCACUACCAAGAAAUGUAAAUUGGCCUACAGAAAGCAAAUUUCAAUCCAUUUCUUAAGCUCUAGUUGUUUUAAAUAUGUAGUUUUGUAUAUGAGCACACCAUUGAUGCAAGAAUUUCUUUACUGUUUAAGUGCUGGAUUUGAAUUCUGUUUUAAUUUAAUGUUAUACUAUAAUUCUGUCUUUAUUUUUUAUAUCAUAUUAUAUUUUAUGCAUAAAGUGAUUUAUCAAAGCAAUUGUUAAAGUUUUGUCAUAAUGUGCUGAAAUGGCAUUUUGUGAUUUCAGUGAAACUAUAUUUUUAAUAAAUAAAUAUUUUCAAUCAA